UCUACGUUAACAAGAGAACCUAUACAUUUUCACAUGUUUUAAGAGAUUUUUUCUUGACGUAUCGACUACAUCGUUUGAGUUAAGAUUUUGGGAGUUGUUGCAGGAUAAUUACUGAUCGCUUUAUUGAAUUUCAAUACCGCUUAUUUGUGCUUUGAAAAUAAGAUAGUAAUGUGUAAGAAUUUUGUGAUUUAAUUAUAAGUGGAGUAUAGUAUAAUGUGAUAAUUUAAGCUUUAUGUUCACCUGGAUGGAUAUCGAAAAAUCCUAUUAGACGAAAAUGAAUACUAGCACCACUGAGGCGCAUCAUGUCGGUGGUCUUUACUACACCGAUUACAAUUUGCUGGACUUUAUAGAGCAGUUAAAGACGGGCAACAAAAGUGAUUUACCCGAACUUUCGUUCUUUUCAAAUUCUACAAAUGACUUGGAUAUUCCAUGGCUUAAUCUAUUACCGCGAGUGCGACAUAAACAACGAACUGUCUGGGACUACUUACUUGAAGUGCAUGGUCCAAGGCGAGGUCCUCUUGCUACGGUCAUUGCAAUCACGUGCGUGUAUGGGUUUAUAUUCUUAUCAGGAAUAUUUGGAAAUGUGUGCACAUGCUUAGUUAUUGUUAAAAAUAAAUAUAUGCACACGGCAACAAAUUAUUACUUGUUUAACCUUGCCAUUGCCGAUUUGUUGUUGCUCAUAGUUGGACUGCCACCAGAAACUUAUUCAAUCUGGUCAGCUUAUCCUUGGAUAUUUGGCGAGGCAUUCUGUAUUGUACGGACAAUGCUUGCUGAAAUGUCAACUAAUGCUAGCAUUUUAACAAUCACUGCAUUUACAAUAGAAAGAUAUGUUGCUAUUUGCUAUCCAAUGAAGGCACAGACAAUGUCCGGUCUUAAAAGGGUAAUUCGUGUAAUUGUCGCCAUAUGGUUUCUGGCAGCAAUUUCCUCAGUCCCCCUUACCGUCCAGUUCAAGGUCGUUUAUGCCGUGGAUACUCGUAACUCAAACAUUCCAGAAUCCGCUUAUUGUGGCAUUGGUGAAACUAAUCAUAUUGAACGAACUUUUGAAAUAUCAACUUUUUUAUUUUUUGUGUUUCCCAUGACACUGGUCAGUGUAAUGUAUACACUUAUUGCAUUAGCCAUCCGAAAAUCAGGACUGUACAGAGACGGUUCCGAUGCCUCACACAGAGACCGGCUCACAGGGGUUGAAAUACGAGCUCAACAGCAAGCGAGGGCAAGGAGGUCUGUUCUUAAAAUGCUUGUGGCCGUUGUGGUUGCCUUCUUUGUUUGCUGGGCUCCUUUUCACGCACAGAGGCUCAUGACCCUCUACAUCCCGGCCGCUAAAUGGACUGAAAAACUUCUAGAAGCCCACAAAGUUAUUUAUUACGUAUCGGGUGUGUGUUACUUUAUAAGUUGUACAAUAAACCCUUUAUUGUAUAGCAUCAUGUCGUUAAAAUUCAGACAAGCUUUUAAACAAACUGUUUUAAGACCAAAAUGUUGCAAGAAGCACAUUCAUACGGCAAAGAAAAGGACUUAUUUUUCAAAUAGGUUUACACAUAAGAACGGUUAUUCUGAAACAAGUUUUACUUCAGUGGAACCAGUUUCCCCUGCAAGAAGUUGUCACUCACAUUCACACUCUCACUCCAACUCAGAUCAUAGUGCAGAUCAUGCGCGUUUGAAUACGAAAACCACGGGAGUAAACAAGGUGCAACGCCGUGUCAGUGCUCAUGUUGACGAGAAAGUUGCUUUAAACUGUGAUGCUAAGCAAGAGAAAGACAUUGCAAAUAAUGAUAUAAAAAUGGUGUGUAAAAUGUUGACAACUUAUAAACCAAAGGAAAUGGAUAAUACUCAAAAUCAGGGAGAGUAUGUUGGUUUGUAUAACAAAAUAGAAGCUGUUAAAGAGGAACAUUUCUAGAAAAUCUUGAAAGUGUCUUCGACAUUCUUUGUUAACAUUGUAUUAAAAAAAUCCGGUUUUGUCAAAUUGAUAAUGUAUAAAAAAAUGUUUAUUUUGUAUUCUUUUUGAAGAAAUACAUAAACCAUGUUUAUAUUGUACACAGUGUGUGAUCUAAAAUAUACACAGAUAAAAUCUGAGUUACUGAUAAUUUAAUGUGGACAUCAAACUUGAAAUAAAAUCUAUUAAACAAAUAUUUUGUGAUAGUCGGUACAUUUAAAGUGGAGGAAAAUCAGGGAGUCUUAAGUCAUCAUUGAAAGAAGGUUUCACGAUUUUUUUAGGUAAUGAUAAUAUUUAAAUAUGGUAAUUCAUAAAAGAUUGAUGAAAGGACAAUGUGUAUUACACAGUGUCAUUUAAAUGCACUCUUUAUCUCAAACUCGAUAUACUCUGUUCUUUUCUGAAAAAGAUUUCUUUCUAUUAUUUUGGUAUCCUGUUUUAGUUUCUCAAGUCACUAAAUUGUCAUUCGUUAAAGCUGGGCCAUUAUUUGCUUAAAGCUGAGCCAUGCAUUGUGGUC